AUUUUGUUGCUGUGAUCGGUCGUUUACUCGUUUGUGUGUCGGUCGGUCGGUCGAUCGAUCGGGAUUAUGGUCGGCGGUCGGGGGCUGCAAGGGGAGCAACUCAGGCAACUGCGCAGCAUCUUCAACCGCUUCGACAUGGACGGCGACGGAAGCCUCACCCUCCUGGAGCUCGCCGCUCUGCUCCGCUCCCUGGGGCUGAAGCCCUCCGGCGACCAGAUCCACGCGUUGCUCGCCGGCAUGGACGCGAACGGGAACGGCGCGGUGGAGUUCGAGGAGCUCGCCGGCUCCAUCGCGCCCAUCAUGACCGAGCAGGCGCUGCUCAACCAGCAGCAGCUCCUCGCCGUCUUCAACGACUUCGACCGCGAUGGCAACGGCUUCAUCUCCGCCGCCGAGCUGGCCCGGUCCAUGGCCCGCAUGGGACAGCCCCUCUCUUUCUCCGAGCUCAACGACAUGAUGCGCCAGGCCGACACCGACGGCGACGGCGUCAUCAGCUUCUCCGAGUUCACCGCCGUCAUGGCCAAAUCCGCCGUCGAGUUCCUUGGCCUCACCGCCGCUGUCUCGUAG